AUGGAACUGUGCAAGAUGGAGAGUGAAGAGCAACGUCAAAUGCGACGUGUCGCUUUUUUUGCUGUUGUCAUCUCAACUGCUGCAGUGAUCGCAUCCGUUGUCACGCUUCCAAUGCUUUACAGUUAUGUGCAAUCAUUUCAAAGUCACCUAAUCGUGGAAACAGAUUUUUGCAAGACACGAUCAAGAGAUAUGUGGCAAGAAAUGCAUAUUCUGAGCAGUGAGCCAAGAAACAAACGUGAAAGCGGUGCAUGGUUAUUCGGACAUUUCAUACCAGAGGGUGGAUCUGGAGGUGGUGCAGGAGGCUACGGCCCUCCCGAUGGAGUUGGCUACGGUAAUGGACCUGUGGUCAACUCAGACGCGGGUCGACUUUGUUGCAGUUGUCAACAAGGACCGGUUGGACCACCAGGACCUCCAGGUGACGAUGGACCAAAUGGUAUUGAUGGUGAUAAUGGCAAAGAUGGUGAGAAUGGCAGAAAUGGACAGGUCCUCAAUAUGGCCAUCGCUCCAUCAGAACCGUGUAUCAUUUGCCCGCCAGGUCCACCUGGUCCGAUUGGACAAAUGGGACCUAAAGGGCCGCAAGGACCAAAAGGACGAAAUGGCGAGAAAGGUGACGAUGGUAAAAAAGGUGAAUUAGGAAUGGCCGGACCAACUGGACCACCAGGUCUUCCUGGACAAGUCGGACCUCCGGGAGCACCAGGCCAACCUGGUCACUUGAUUCCCGUUGCUGGUCCUCCUGGUCCUGCUGGGCCAACAGGAUUGCCUGGACCACCUGGUGAAAGAGGAGUACCAGGAAAAGAUGGUGAAAGUGAGCAAGGUCCAAUUGGUCCUGACGGUGAUGAAGGAGCUGCAGGUCCAGUUGGCGUCCCAGGUCCACAUGGACUAUCAGGGUUACCAGGUGAACCAGGAGAACCCGGCGGCUGUGAUCACUGCCCCGAGCCGAGAACACCACCAGGAUACUAG